AUUGCCAAGAUUAUUCUUGGCUAUUUUUAAAAGGUUCUAAAUAUGUCUUCUAUACGUGUGUGUUAAAUUUAUGUACUGUUGGUGUGUUUUUACUGUUGUAACAGGAAAAGCAUUCUGACUUCUUUUAAAAUGAGCAAUCAUAUGUAUAAUCAACUUGGUUAAAACUUCCUUCCUGGUAAGUGCAGCACUUCCUUUGCAUCUGGGUAUGAGACCGAGCAAGAAAAGCAGAACAGCUUAAACAAAGAAAUCUUUUGUGUGAAUGAUCUUCCUUAAAAAAAAUAGGAACUACAAAAAUUUAACAAAUGAAUAAUCUUCAGCAAUUCAGCCUUGGUUUUAUAAACAGAUUUCUUCUGGCAUGGAGUUGGGGGAUCAUGAACAGCCCGUUGUUAUGAGAGACGAAAACAAACGAAGGAGAAGAAGAAUGAAACCUCAUUGUACAUCGAGUAGUUUUUCAUCCAUGGAACUGAUACCCAUUGAGUUCAUUUUACCUACAAGCAAUAAACACACGAAAGCACCAGAAAUGAUGUUACUUGAAAUAGCUGGCAACUGUACGGUGGAGCAAAUGAAGGCACAGGUUUGGAUGCGUGCAAUAGAGACGAGUCAAACCACAGACUUCUACCAUGCAUUCACCCCUGAUCAGUUUAUUCUGCAGUAUCAGAAGAAAGGGCAAUGGUAUGAAAUUUAUGAUAAACAUCAAGUGUUACAGACAUUGGACUGCAUACUGUACUGGAAGGUGUUACAGAAGAAGGUAGGCAAGAUCUAUGUUGUCCAGAAACAAAAACCAUCAGAAGAAGUUCAGGAAUUUCAGCAGCAACUUAAUGAUUUGAUUGGUUAUGAUGUCACUGAUGUAAGCAAUGUACAUGAUGAUGAACUAGAAUUUACCCGGCGCAGAUUAGUCACUCCACGAAUGAUAGAGGUAGCCUGCAGAGAUCCUAAAUUAUAUGCAAUGCACCCAUGGACUACAUCUAAGCCACUCCCAGAAUAUUUAUUUAAAAAGAUCACUAAUAAUAAUAUUUUCAUAGUCAUACAUAGAGGAACGACUAGUCAGAAAAUUAAAGUGUCAAUAGAUGACACUCCAGAUAUGAUUCUCCAGAGCUUUUUCACAAAAAUGGCAAAGAAAAAGUCUUUGAUGGAUAUUCCUGAAGAUCACAGUGAACUGGAUUUUGUUCUCAGGAUUUGUGGCAGAGAUGAGUACAUUACUGGAGAGACACCAAUCAAAGAUUUUCACUGGAUAAGACAGUGCCUUAAGAAUGGGGAAGAAAUCCACCUUGUCCUCGACAAUCCCCCAGACCCGAAUGAAGAUGAGGUUCAGAAGGAGGAAUGGCCCUUGGUGGAUGAUUGUACAGGAGUUACAGGGUAUCAUGAACAAUUGACAAUAGAUGGAAAAGAUCAUGAGAGAGUCUUCACUAUCUCUUUGUGGGAUUGUAAUAGGAAAUUUAGAGUGAAAAUAAUUGGCAUUGAUAUCCCAGUUUUACCAAGAAAUACUGAUCUUACUGUGUUUGUAGAGGCUAAUAUUCAACAUGGGCAGCAGCUCCUUUCACAGAGAAGAACUUCAUCAAAGCCCUUUACUGAGGAGGUUCUAUGGAAUAUUUGGUUGGAGUUUGAUAUCAAAAUCAAGGAUUUGCCUAAAGGAGCGCUCCUGAAUCUUCAGAUAUACUGUGGCAAAGCACAGGGACCAUCUGCAAAGACAAACCUUCAGUCACAUGAAUCCUCCAACUCUGAUGCAAAAUACAAAACCCAGCUUCUCUAUUAUGUAAAUCUUUUGCUGAUAGAUCACCGUUUCUUGCUACGAUGUGGGGAGUAUGUGCUCCACAUGUGGAAAAUUCCUGGUAAGGGGGAAGAACAAGGAAGUAUAAAUGCAGACAAACUCACAUCAGCAACUAACCCAGAUAAAGAAAACUCAAUGGCUAUCUCUAUUGUGCUGGACAAAUACUGUCACCCGAUUGCCUUGCCCAAGCACAGGAUAUCAUCAGACCCCCAGGGGGACAGGACCCGAGCUGAAAUGCCCAACCAGCUCCGCAAGCAACUUGAAGAGAUCAUAGCAACUGACCCACUUAAUCCACUUUCUCCAGAGGACAAAGAACUGUUGUGGCACUUUAGAUAUGAGAGCAUAAAGCACCCCAAGGCAUAUCCUAAGCUGCUUAGCUCUGUGAAAUGGGGACAACAAGAAAUAGUGGCCAAAACAUACCAGUUGCUGGCUAAAAAAGAGGCUUGGGAUCAGAGCACUUUAGAUGUUGGACUCACAAUGCAACUUCUGGACUGUAACUUUUCAGAUGAAAAUGUCCGAGCAAUGGCAGUUCAAAAACUGGAAAGUUUAGAAGAUGAUGAUGUUCUUCAUUAUCUUUUACAGCUUGUGCAGGCUGUGAAAUUUGAGCCAUAUCAUGACAGCGCAUUAGCCAGAUUUUUGCUGAAACGUGGUUUGAGAAACAAAAGAAUUGGUCACUUCCUGUUUUGGUUCUUAAGAAGCGAAAUUGCCCAAUCCAUGCACUACCAACAGAGGUUUGCAGUCAUCCUUGAAGCCUACCUUAGGGGCUGUGGAAAAGCAAUGCUGCACGAUUUCAUGAAGCAGGUUCAAGUAAUUGAAUUGCUGCAUAAAGUCACAAUGGAGAUUAAAUCAGUUUCUGCAGAAAAGUAUGAUGUUACUUCUCAAGUUAUUGCACAGCUGAGACAAAAACUUGAAAAAUUACAGGGCAGCAAACUUCCAGAAAGUUUUAGAGUUCCAUAUGAUCCUGGGCUAAGAGCAGGAGCGCUAGUGAUAGAAAAAUGUAAAGUAAUGGCGUCCAAGAAGAAACCCCUCUGGCUUGAAUUUAAAUGUGCAGAUCCAACAGCUCUGUCAAAUGAAACCAUAGGCAUCAUCUUCAAACAUGGAGAUGACCUCCGUCAGGACAUGCUAAUUUUACAGAUUCUUCGAAUUAUGGAAUCCAUUUGGGAAGCAGAAUCCUUGGACCUCUGUUUGUUGCCAUAUGGUUGCAUUUCUACAGGGAACAAAAUAGGAAUGAUUGAAAUUGUGAAAGAUGCUACAACAAUUGCCAAAAUUCAACAGAGUACAGUUGGGAACACUGGUGCAUUUAAGGAUGAAAUAUUAAACCAGUGGCUUAAGGAAAGAUGCAUGAUUGAAGAGAAGUUUCAGGCAGCUGUGGAAAGAUUUGUUUAUUCUUGUGCUGGAUACUGUGUGGCAACCUUUGUACUUGGAAUAGGAGACAGGCACAACGACAACAUCAUGAUUACAGAAACAGGUAACCUUUUCCAUAUUGAUUUUGGCCAUAUUCUUGGGAAUUAUAAAAGCUUCCUUGGAAUUAAUAAGGAGAGAGUUCCUUUUGUGCUGACUCCAGAUUUUCUGUAUGUCAUGGGAACUUCUGGAAAGAAGACAAGUCUCCAUUUCCACAAAUUUCAGGAUGUAUGUGUGAAGGCUUAUUUAGCUCUCCGACACCACACCAACCUGCUGAUCAUCCUGUUCUCCAUGAUGCUGAUGACUGGAAUGCCCCAAUUAACCAGCAAAGAAGAUAUUGAAUACAUCAGAGAAGCACUGACAGUAGGGAAAAGUGAAGAAGAUGCCAAAAAGCAUUUUCUUGAUCAGAUAGAGGUUUGCAGAGAUAAGGGCUGGACAGUGCAAUUUAACUGGUUUUUGCAUCUUGUGCUUGGAAUCAAACAAGGAGUAGAAAAACAUUCUGCUUAAUAUUUUAUGUAAAUUAACUGUGGGUGUGAAUAGGAGGUUAGUGAACCUACAUGUUAUUUCUCAAUUAUGAAUAAAUGAGCAGUCAAAAUUGCCUUUACUCUUCUGGCAGCUUAAAUGGAUCUUGUAAAAAGGUAAGGACUUUACUCUGCCCCUCCAGAAGAUCUUCCUGUAGAUAAUAUUUUUUUUCCAUUUCUAAUGACACUUCAAGUUGCUGGAUUCUUUUAGUUCCUUUGCUGUUUUGGCUUGGAUUUUUUUUUUCCUUCUUUAGCAAUAAUUUCAGAUAAAUAUAAGGAGGAAGUUGAGUAAGAUGAUAACCUACCCCUAUGACCUUAAUUGUUCAUGAGGGUCAAGUCCUUCAAAACCAGAAUUUAUGUAAAAUCUAUGGUUAUAGUGAAAUCUCUGUAGACAAUCCAUAUGUGUCUCAGGAUGGUUUAGACACAAAUGUUCUUCAUCUACAUCCUCUCUUUUGUCCCCUCCUCAGCAUUUUGUCCUUUCUGGAUUUUUAAUAUGUUGUCAAUAGUAAAGAGCUUUGGCUCUGCCAUUGAGGGAAAUUGCCUUAUUGUUAUUGUGACCUCCUCACACAGACAGCCAAUCUUGACUGCCAGGAGAACUUCAUAGUUACUGGGAAGUUCCUCAGAUUUGAACAUGAAGUUCUGAAGGUUUAAUUUCUAAAGAUUUUUUUUACUGUACUUUUUAGUGGGUAACAUCCAUAUUAUAUUACAGAUCAUAUUCUUGGUGUAAAGUUAUUAAAAUUCCACCUGUAUAGGAAAAGCUUUGUAGAAAAAGCAAUGGUACUUCCUUAUCCCUCAGAGAAAACUCCUUAUCUAAGAGUAAUUGACACGUUACCAAAUAUCUGAAAAACCCAAAGUUAUAUAUUCUUUGGUGAUAUAUUUUCAGGAUAUACCUAGAAGGAAUUAAAUGUAUUCUUUGAAGUCGUGUAUAUUUUGCUAUUUAUUUUCAAAUUCCUGAAGAAACAAUACUACUGAAAAGCUAUUUAUGAAAGAAAAAACCCCCUUGUCUUUAAUUUCAAUAUUUAAACUUGAAAGAGGAAAAAAUGGGCAGUGUAAGUAGAAUUUUACCUCUCUACUGUAGAUUGCCUGCAAAUCAAGUCUGCCUAUGGUAGGAAAGCAAAAAGACAUAUAGCUUGAAUUAGUCUUUGACUUGAGUUAUUAUGGUAUACUUCUUGCUAAUUGAUUGUUACCAAAGAGAGAAGAUGGCUUAUAAUAUUGCUUUUUUGCACUUGUGCCCAUGUAAUUUCUUCCUUCAUUGUAGUGUUACAUGGGCUUUACAUUGCGUAUAAAUGAUUAACUGAAUUUUAAAAUUCUGUUAUCAUUUGCUUUGAUCAUUUCACAGAACUGUUAUGAUUUUAACUACUGCUACAACUGAGUGCAUUCUUGAAGGAUUUUUAAUAAAUGUACUGUAAUCAGUGUCUCAGUUAUGAGAUGUAGCCAAUCUAUUCUUAAAAUGUAGAUGUUUAAUUGUUUACUGUGCACAGGUAUUUUUGAUGUAAAUGGUAGACUCCAGUUUAAGAUUAAAAUGUAGACUAUUUUGUUAUUCUGUUACAUUAUCAUUCUGAGCAAGAUAGGCUUUAGAUCAUACUGAAAUAUAAACUAAAUGAUGAAUAUUGUCUGUAAAAUUAUAUUUUUAGAUUUGUAUUUUAUAGAUCUGAAAUAAAUUGAUAUGUUCUAAUAAUUU